GAAAGGAAAACGAAGGUCUUCCCUGUCAUGUUGUUGCCCUUUCUCGUCAUCAAAUAUAAAUAAUACACAAAAAGCCAGAAACAAGAAACAAAGAUCCUCAAAAAACCAAGCACGCCUCCAUGUUUCUCUCUCCCACUCUUUUAUAAAAUCAGUACUAUGCAUUAGAACUCUAGUUCUCUGUUUUUUGUUUUAUUGUUUUUCUCUCGAUGGGUGUCAAUUUCUCUGCUUUGUUCAUCAUCGACUGUUUAUCACCUGGUUCUUCAUCGUCAUCGCCCAGUUUGGGGGAUUUGCCGGAGAGCUGUGUGGCUUCGAUUAUUGAGUCUUUGGAUCCUCCGGAGAUAUGUAAACUGGCGAAGUUGAACAGAGCAUUCAGAGGUGCUUCUUGGGCUGAUUUUGUUUGGGAAUCGAAGCUUCCACCCAAUUAUCAAGUUCUUAUUGAUAAAAUUCUUCCCUCCGUGCCUGAAAAUCUGGGUAAACGAGAUAUUUAUUCAAGGCUCUGUGGAGCUAAUACUCUUGAUGGUAGCACCAAGAAAGUAUGGUUAGAUAAGAGCACAGGUGGUGUAUGUAUGGCAAUAUCUUCAAAAGGAUUACAUAUAACUGGGAUUGAUGAUCGAAGAUACUGGAAUCAUAUUCCAACUGAUGAAUCUAGGUUCGGUUCGAUCGCAUAUCUCCAGCAGAUGUGGUGGCUUGAAGUCGAUGGGGAGAUGGAAUUCCCCUUUCCACCUGGAAGCUAUAGCGUUUUCUUCAGACUGCAGCUAGGUCGUGCCUCUAAAUGGUUUGGUCGCCAAAUCAUCAACUCCGAGAAUGUCCAUGGUUGGGAUAUAAAACCCGUAAGGUUUCAACUAUGGACUUCAGAUGGCCAGUAUGCUACCUCUCAGCGCACUUUGAACGAACCUGGAAAAUGGUUUCACUACCAUGUGGGGGACUUCAAUGUCGAUAACUCGAAUUCGUCGACGAAGAUUAAGCUAUCGAUGACGCAAAUCGACUGCACGCAUACAAAGGGUGGUCUUUGUUUAGACUCUGUUGUGAUAUAUCCAAGUACGUUUAGGGAAAGGUUCAAGCACAAAGGGGUUUUAAAGUGCUAGCAAACCUAUGUAGUUUAAAAGCUUAUAGUAUAUAUAUUCAGGGUGUGUGUAGUUAAGUUUUCUAGCUGGUUUUUGAGGGUUAGAGACUUAAAAGAGUCAAUUUUGUGUAUAAAUUGUGUCCAUUUGUUUAAUUACUUUGCACUUUGUUUCCCCU